CUGUCUUCAAGUGACAAGUUGUUGACAUACAUCAACUGUUUUCCAAAUGUGAAAAAAUAACAGAAAAUUAAAUCAAGAAAAUAAAUAUUUUAAAAAAUAAAUAAAAUCUUAAACGAUGACGGAUAAAAAGCAACGUGGGAAAAAUUUUACUACUGAAGAGGAACUGCUGCUUGUAGAUUUGGUUAUAAGUCAAAAACAUAUAUUGGAGAACAAAAAAUCGGACGCAGUCAAUUGGAAAAUAAAAAAUGAAGCGUGGAUGAAGUUGGAAGAAUGCUUUAAGAGCCAGAGUGGAAUACACCGUCCCUGGAAAACAUUAAGGGACAAGUACGAUAAUAUGAAACGAAAAUCCAAAAUGGAGCUGGCCACUGAAAAGCGUGAGACAUACCGUACUGGUGGCGGUAUACCUGCCAAUGCAUCAGUGUCUGCAGUCUCAGAAAAAAUAUUAUCUCUGGUUGGAAAUAGUGCAACUGGAUUAUACAAUCCAUUCAAUAAUGAUACGAAUAAUAAUAUUAAUGAUGAACAAAUGGAAGAAGAGUUUCUUGACAAUAUGGAAACUGUGAACAACAGUUCUAUCUUGGAAGAUGAUUUUCCUGACGAACUCGAAGUGAGCACGAUGUCGGAAUGCAAGGAACUUCCUGAAAUAAAAACCAAACCUACUAUCGAACCAUCUUCAAGCGGAGUAAAAUUUAAUGCUUCUGCAGUUAAACGAAAAAUGGAAGAAGAAAAAGUUAAAUUACUUAAAUUGCAACAGGUCUUUUAUGAAGGUGAAAAUCGUAGAGCAAAUGAAAAACAUAAAUUGGAGAUAGAGUCGAUGAAACUAAAAACUGAAAUAUUAGCAAAAAAAAGAAAAAUUUGUUUCAUAUAUGUGAAAAAGUAUUGA